AGAAGUAUCUUGAGCUUGGUGCUGAGACGUCGAGGGAGACUCGGGCAGCCGGCGUCCCUGGCGAGCAAGAUGCUGCCCAUCAGGAAGACCACGAAGCAAGGCAAACGGGGUAUUUUAGAGCGCUUAGACUCUGGAGAAAUUGUGAUUGGAGAUGGAGGUUUUGUCUUUGCUCUUGAAAAGAGGGGCUAUGUAAAGGCUGGGCCUUGGACUCCUGAAGCAACAGUAGAACACCCAGAAGCAGUUCGUCAGCUUCACCGGGAAUUCCUUAGAGCUGGAUCCAAUGUUCUGCAGACUUUCACCUUUUAUGCCAGUGAGGACAAACUAGAGAACAGGGGCAAUUAUGUAGCUGAGAAAAUAAGUUGUCAGAAAGUGAAUGAAGCUGCUUGUGAUAUUGCAAGAGAAGUGGCUAAUGAAGGAGAUGCUUUAGUGGCUGGAGGAGUUAGUCAAACACCAUCAUACUUAAGCUGCAAGGACAAAGCAGAGGUUCAAGCAGUCUUUCGAAAACAGCUAGAUGUCUUUUUGAAGAAGAACGUGGACUUCCUAAUUGCAGAGUAUUUUGAGCAUGUGGAAGAGGCUGUCUGGGCAGUUGAAGUCCUAAAAGAAUCUGGAAAACCAGUUGCAGCUACGAUGUGCAUUGGUCCAGAAGGAGACAUGCAUGGUGUGCCCCCUGGACAAUGUGCUGUCCAACUCGUAAAGGCUGGUGCUUCUAUUGUUGGAGUGAACUGCCAUUUUGAUCCCGAUACUUCCCUGAAAACUGUGAAACUGAUGAAAGAGGGCUUGCAGGCUGCUAAACUGAAAGCCCACCUAAUGUCCCAGCCACUUGCCUUCCAUACACCUGAUUGUGGAAAGCAAGGCUUUAUUGAUCUACCAGAAUUCCCCUUUGGUCUGGAGCCAAGAAUUGUAACCAGAUGGGAUAUUCAAAAAUAUGCAAGAGAGGCCUAUGACUUAGGAAUUCGUUACAUUGGAGGUUGCUGUGGAUUUGAGCCAUACCAUGUCCGAGCAAUAGCUGAGGAGCUGGCUCCUGAAAGAGGAUUUUAUCCAGAAGCUUCUGAGAAACAUGGUAGAUGGGGUGAAAGUCUGAGCAUGCAUACCAAACCCUGGGUUAGAGCAAGGGCAAGAAAAGAAUACUGGGAGAAUCUGAAGCCUGCUUCAGGCAGGCCAUAUAGUCCUUCAGUGUCAAAGCCAGAUGGCUGGGGAGUGACCAAAGGAGGCAAGGAGCUGAUGCAACAGAAAGAAGCAACAAGUGAACAACAGCUGAAGGAGCUUUUCCAGAAAAAGAAGUUUUAAUCUGCUGAAGUUGUGUAAAUGUUAGAAUGAUUUUUCUACAGACUAUCUCAUGCUUCAUGAGAAAAAUCUGUGAAAAUCAUGUUGAUUUAUCAGUUAACAUGUAAUGAAAGGGACAAAAUGCUGAAAAAAAAUUUGUGAUUACAGCCUAAAUAUGUCCAACUUAAAAAAAAAAUUUCUCUAGACAAAUAGUUUAGAGAAUAGACAGUCAGAAGGAAGUUUGGAAUGUCGUAAUCAAGCUAGCUAGGUGCCAUUAAUUGAACAGGCACAGAAAUACAUGGAAAGUAACAACUGGCUCAACUAUCUGUGAUAAGAGACAGCCAUCUAUAAGUACAUUAUCAACAGACUUCCACUCCUGAAUCUGUUUUCAUUUGGGGAUUAUAAGGAGCUUCCUCAGACCUCAGUAUCUGUUGAGGAAUGCUUCAGGGACAUGCAAGCUGCCAGUGCUUCAGACACACAGUUACC